AUGCCUUUCGGGAAGUUGGAACCGUUUGACUUGACAUCUAAACAGUGGCCGGCAUAUAUCCGCAGAGUGGAACAGUACAUGGUAUUAAAUGAAGUGAAGACCGAACUGAAGGUGCCUCUGCUGAUAACAGUUGUCGGGCAUGCCACGUAUGCUCUUAUGUGCGAUUUGUGUUCACCGACACUUCCUGAGGCCAAAACAUUUGAAGAGCUGGUAAAAUUAUUAACUGAUCACCUGGAACCGCAGCGAUCAGAGAUCGCCGAGCGGCACGUCUUUAGGCUGCGCCGACAGCGAGUCGGCGAGCCGCUCGCAGAAUAUUUGCAGAACUUAAAGCAUUUAGCGAGCACUUGCAGUUUCGGCACCAAGCUCGAGGAGAAUCUGCGCGACCAGUUCGUGUCGGGACUGGCAAAAGAGGCGAUGCGAUCUCGGAUAUUCGCUGAAAAAAAUAUUCAGUAUAAAGAAGCGGUGGAGCUGGCUCUCGCCCUAGAGGCCGCGGAGAAGCACGCGGAGGUGAGCGGCGCAGUGGUGGCGCCGGCGAGCACCUCGGGCGGCGACGGCGGCGGCGGCGAUAUUGGUGAAGGUUUGCAUCACGCGAGUGCUCGGCGCGACAGGCGCGGGCCCGGAGCCGGCGGCGGCGCGGCCGCGGCCCGGGGCGGCACGGCGCGCGGCAACCAGGCGCAGUGCUGGCGGUGCGGGAAGGCGCACUGGCCGGACAAGUGUAAAUAUAUGCAUUACAACUGUGAUGAAUGCAACACGCGCGGUCACUUGAAGGUGAUGUGCGGUCAAGGACGCGAUGAGGUUCGUCGACAGUUCGGACGGCAAAAUUACAUGGACGAAGAAUCUGAUGAGGAUUUAUUUAACAUUCAAGUGUCACCGCAAGGUAACAAACCUUAUUUUAUUACAUUGAAUGUGGACGGCCAAGAUGUUGUUUGUGAGAUCGAUACGGGUAGUCGUAUUUCUGCUAUUAAUGAGGACUUUUAUAAGCAGAAGUUUGCUCAUAAAAUAAUUAAUCCUAAUGAUAUUUUCUUUCGCGGCUACUCUGGGUCACCAAUCGGAGCCCUUGGAUACUUAUCGGUUGACGUUGCGCUAAACGGUAUCAGAGCAACUAACUUGUCAUUGUAUGUCAUUCCAAACGGAGGGCGGCCCCUUUUGGGUCGUGAAUGGAUACGUGCUCUUAAGGUCAACCAGAUAACUAUAAAUGAGAUAGUGGAGGAGGACAGUCUGGUGACCCAGCUGUGUAGUGAGUUCCCAGAGGUGUUCACGGAUAAAUUAGGUACUUGUAAAAAAAGCAUUCAAUUACAGCUCACAGACCACGACCCUGUUUAUGUUCGUGCGAGGCCGGUACCGCUCGCGUUGUGCGAACGGUUUGAACGCGAACUUGAACGUCUGGAGCGCGACGGAACCCUGUGCCGCGUUGAUCAUUCUGACUAUGGAACCCCAAUAGUACCGGUAGUGAAACAGAAUGGAGAAUUGCGCAUUUGUGGUGAUUACAAGGUGACGGUAAAUCCUAAGCUUAAGCGUGAUUAUUAUCCUUUACCUCGCAUAGAGGAGCUGUUUGCUAAUCUUAGCGGGGGGGAGCAGUACAUUAAACUGGAUUUACGUCACGCUUACGAACAGUGUAUGUUGACGGAGGACUUGCAGCCGUACCUACACUGCAAUCAUCACUCAUGUGGGUACUUUUGUGUACCGUCGCACACCGUAUGGGCUUUCGUGCAUUCCGGAGAAGUUCCAAAAGCUUAUGGGGGAAACUCUGCGCGGGAUUCCUAA